AUGGAUGCCGUGCUUCCCAAUGUGUCAGGCUUGCCCAGAGAUGGCAGAAUCAACGUUUUGCUAAUAAACCCAAACUCCACCGAACACAUGACAAUGGCCUGUUUGAACGCUAUUAGACCUAGUCUAUCCCCAGACGUCACAGUCCAUGGGUUCACCGCGCCACAUCCCGCACCAUCAGCAAUCGAAUCCCAAACAGAUGCCGUACUCUCCACCGCAGAUUGUAUCAGGGCAAUUAGCGACAUUGAUGUGGGGGGUUACGAUGCAUUCCUCGUUGCAUGCUUCCGAGAUCACCCCCUCAUCAGUGCUUUGAAAGAAGAGUACCCACACCCCGUACUCGGCAUAAUGGAAGCUGCAAUGUACGCUGCACGCAUGCUUGGAGGCAAAAUGGGAAUCAUCUGCACAUCCGACCGUUCUGUGAUGGCUCACUCCCGCACCGUUUCCGCGUAUGGGUUCUCAGACUACUUUGCUGGAUGUGAAUCGGCUCAGCUAGGUGUACUGGAGCUCGACUCGAAGCCGAAGGAAGACGUGUAUGCCAACAUAAUACAAAAGCUUCGUCGACUGGUGGACGAUAAAAAGGCGGAUUGUGUUUUACUGGGCUGUGCGGGCAUGGCUGAGAUGCGGAAGGCUUGUGAAGAUGCUUUAUUAGAGACUGAGGUUCGGGUAUUAGAUGGUGUGACUAUAGGUGUUCAGUUUCUUGUUGGGUUGGUGAGAGAGAAUCUGCAGACAGCUAAAUCUGGCGUGUAUCGAUGGUCAUGGCAAGAUAGGCACAAGCGACGGCAGGGUUGGUUUUGA